AUGGCUCCAGGCCCAGGGCUCCCAGCCUCUCUGGAUCUGUGCAGACCCCGCGCCCAGGCGGGGGCUGGUGAUAGGGCGCCGGAGUGCGCGGUACCGGGCACGGUGCUCCUGCUGCUCGCCUACCUGGCUUACCUGGCGCUGGGCACCGGCGUGUUCUGGGUGCUGGAGAGCCCCGCGGCGCGCGAUUCCAGCGCGAGGUUCCAGCGCGACAAGUGGGCGCUGCUGCAGAACUUCACGUGCCUGGAUGGCCCGGCGCUGGACUCGCUGAUCCGGGGCAUCAUCCAAGCAUACCAAAAUGGGGACAUUGUCCUUGACAACACCACCAGCAUGGGGCGCUGGGAGUUCAUGGGCUCCUUCUUCUUUUCCGUGUCCACCGUCACCACCAUUGGCUAUGGCAACCUGAGCCCCCGAACGAUGGCCGCCCGCCUUUUCUGCAUCUUCUUUGCUCUCCUGGGGAUCCCACUCAACCUCGUGGUGCUCAACCGACUGGGGCAUCUCAUGCAGCGGGGAGUACAGCGCUGUGCCCGCAGGCUGGGGGGCGCCUGGCAGGACCCAACCAAAGCUCCGUGGCUGGUGGGCGCCGGCGCCCUCCUCUCGGGCCUCCCGCUGUUCCUGCUGCUGCCCCCCCUGCUCUUCUGCCAUGUGGAGGGCUGGAGCUACGUGGAGAGCUUCUACUUCGCCUUCAUCACCCUCAGCACCGUUGGCUUCGGCGACUACGUGAUUGGGAUGGACCCCUCCCGGAGGUACCCACUGUGGUACAAGAAUACAGUGUCCCUAUGGAUCCUCUUUGGGAUGGCAUGGCUGGCCUUGAUCAUCAAACUCACCCUUUCCCUGCUGGAGACGCCAGGGAGAUCUUAUUCCUGUUACCACCACAGCUCCAAAGAGAACUUCCAGCCCCCAAGCUGGAGGCAGAGCCUGGAUGGGGAGGCAGAAUCCCGUUUACCACAGCCAAGUUGCCAUCUGGAGGAGCCUAUGGGAAUCACACAGCAUCCAGAACCCUCUACUCAGGUCUCAUGCUGUGGAAAGGACAGCUAGUUCUACUCCAGUAUGUGUUCAUCUUCUUCCUCAGCACCAAGACCCCUGGUUUUAAGCUUAGCACAUGACCACCCAGACUAAAGACUAAGUUUUCUUUUUUUUAAUCUCCCUUUGAGGCUAUUUGCAGCUAUAUGAUUAAAUUCUGCCCAACUGAAUCCACAGAGAAGUAUCCUGUGUGACUUAAUGAAUGUGACUUUUCGCAGCAGGGGGGAAUGCACCUCUUCACUACUUCCUUUUUCUAGUUGGCUGCAAUGCUGAUACCAUGGCUGGAGCUCUGGCAACCACAUUGCACCAUGAGGUUGAGGAUGUGUCUGAGAUUGGUGAUACAGUAAGGUAGAAAGAACCUGGGUUCUUUCUAAUGUGGAUUGCAGAGCUACCAUAAGUAAGAUAGAAAGAGCUACCACAGUAAGAUAGAAAGAGCCUGGGUUCUUUCUAUGGAUGGUUGCAGAGCUACCAUAACAAAUCUAGACUGAAUACCUCCAGACAUCAUUUAUAUGAGAG